UAAAAUGGCCUUCAUACUUGCCUACGGAUUCCGUAGGCCAUUCCUACGGAUAAAUGCAGCACUGAGCAAACACAUACUCGAUGAUCACAUGGCAUUUAGUUGUAGGUCUUCCGAAGUCACUCAACGUCGUGCUAUCGAACCGUGGUGUGUACUGUACGUAAAUUUGUAUGUCUAACUUACCUAGUACAAUGUACAAACAGUACGAACGUCGAUUUCUUUUGCAGUAGUCUAACAGUUCCGGGAUGUUCGGGGAUGUGAGGUAGUCUCGCGUAGCCAGACCUUUCACUACUUGUCAGGCGCCUAGCGCCUGAGGUGAAAGCCUGGCCACGCGAGGCUAGAUGCGGGCAGCGUAUCCGGGAUAGAUCCGAUCGUGCAUCAUGAAACGAUGGCUACAGGCCUACAAGAAGGAGUGGGAGAGCGAUCCUGUAUGCUCUGGUUGGUUAACAGAGUCGAAGAGAAGUGCAGGCAUGGCCUUCUGCAGUCUGUGCACUAAGGACCUCAGCUACAAGACUGGCGGUCUUAGGACCUUGCGUACCCACGCAACCUCGCGGGAGCACGUUGCAAGAGUACAACAAAAAAAUUCUGGAUGGAAAGGCACUAUCAAGGCCAGCUUUGCUCCAAAGCAAGAGAACGCUGUUUCGGUAGCUGCAACAAACGCCGUCCUAAAAUUGGCAUUCUUCUUUGCUGAGCAUGACGUAGCUCUUGCAGUGUCUGAUCAUCUGACUCCACUGCUUCCAAUCCUUUUCCCGGAUUCUAAGAUUGCUUCAGCCGUUUCUGCCGGGCGCACCAAAAUGACUGCAGCCGUGCACACCGUUGCUGAUAGCAUGCACGCACAUCUCGUUUCCCAGAUGAAAAUUGGAUUUUUCAGCAUCGUUCCUGAUGAAUCUACUGAUAUAUCAGUGUUUGAACAGGUGGCAGUAUCAGCUCGCGUGAUCGACACUACAGAUGGAUUGGUGAAGUCCUAUAGUUUGGGCAUUAAACCAGUCCCGUCAGCGUCUGCUACCAACAUUUUCGGCAAGAUUGAAGAAAUGUUCAAAGAUGAUGGUAUUCCAUGGAGAAACAUGAUCGCUUAUGGAUCAGAUGGGGCCAACGUCCUGCGUGGAUCAAAGAAUUCUGUUUUGACUAGGCUCAAGAACGUUCAACCUUACCUGUAUUCUAUUCACUGCACAUGUCAUCAGCUCCACCUUUGUGCUCAGGGUGCUUCUAAAUGCAUACCACCCAUAGUAGAAGACUUCGCUAGGAAUGUGGCAUACUUUUUUGAGAAAAGUGCAAAACGUGUCGCGAGAUACAAAGAGUUUCAGGCAGCUGCAAACGUUCCUUCACACAAGCUCAUAAAACCGUCCUCUACAAGAUGGCUCAGCUUGCAUCAAAGUGUAUCAAGAGUCUUGGAGCAGUGGGACGCUCUUGAACAGUACUUCACCCAAGACAACGAUGUAAGGAACGUUUCAAAAGUAAAGGAGUGGGUUGAAUUGAUGGCAGCCAAGUCCACUAAAGCCUACCUAUACUUUCUGAAGCAAUGCUUGCACUGUCAUAGCAGCUCAAGUGUGUCAGCUGAUUCUUUUGCAGAAAGACUCGUUUUUACUACCGCCUGA